UCUAGGAAGUGGGCUGUCAGCUAUCUAAAUGCUACUUCAUCCAGCUAGUACAGCUAGCUGUUUUUGCUCCUUUUCUUUCUUUUUCUUUUUUUUUUCAAAAGAUGAUUUUCUGUUUGCUAGCGACACGAUAAACAAACAAAUGAAAAGCCACGAACAAAUGAACGAGCCUGUCGCUUUGAAGCAGUGAGGACUUAUUUUUUUUCCCCAGCUGGGUGUGACCACAUCACUGUGACUCCACUUCUUCCCAUUUGUCGACCUCUGGUACAAAUUGUUAUUAGAGGCAAAACUAUCUUUUGCUGACAGGCACCAACAGGAAUAUUCAGCAUAAUCAUGAACACCCACGACUCCGAUGUGAACACCAUCUCUCCAGAGAUGCCUGCGAUGUUUGAUGGCAUGAAGCUGGCGGCGGUUGCCACGGUUCUCUACAUAAUCGUCCGCUGCUUGAACCUCAAGAGCACCACCGCGUCCCCUGACCUCACCUACCAGGACACGGCCCUCAAUCGCUUCCUUCUCAAGUCCUGCCCUCAGCUGACCAAAGAAUACAUCCCUCCCUUACUGUGGGGUAAGAGUGGUCACCUCCAAACAGCACUAUAUGGUAAACUUGGCCGGGUGAGCUCGCCUCAUCCCAAUGGAAUCAGGAAGUAUUUACCCAUGCAGGAUGGGGCCACUGCAACCUUUGAUCUCUUUGAACCACUUGGGGACCAUCGAACGGGAGAUGACAUCACCAUGGUGAUAUGUCCUGGUAUUGGUAACCAUAGUGAAAAGCAUUACAUCCGGACCUUUGUGGACUACGCGCAGAAAGAUGGUUACCGUUGUGCUGUGCUAAACCACCUGGGCGCUCUUCCCAACAUCGAGCUUACCUCUCCACGCAUGUUCACAUAUGGCUGCACAUGGGAGUUUGCAUCCAUGGUUGGCUACAUUAAGCGGGCCUAUCCUCAAACCCAGCUGAUGGUUGUGGGAUUCAGUCUGGGUGGGAACAUUGUUUGCAAGUUCCUGGGCGAGAGCGUGACCAACCAGGAACGAGUACUGUGUUGUGUGAGCGUCUGUCAGGGGUACAGCGCUCUCAGGGCUCAGGAAACAUUCCUACAGUGGGAUCAGUUCAGACGCUUCUAUAACUUUCUCAUGGCUGACAACAUGAAGAAAAUCAUCCUAUCACACAGGCACAGCUUGUUUGGAGGAAAGUCUAUCAAAAUGAUAGAUGCAGAUCUCAGUCGACUGUACACAGCGACGUCCCUCAUGCAGAUCGACGACAACAUCAUGAGAAAAUUCCAUGGCCACGGCUCACUCAAAGAGUACUAUGAGAAGGAGAGUUGUGCAAAUUAUAUUCACAAUGUAAAUGUGCCACUGUUGCUGGUCAACUCUUCAGAUGAUCCUCUGGUUCAUGACUCACUGCUCGCUAUCCCUCGAACACUAGCAGCAAAGAAGCCGAAUGUGAUCUUUGCCCUGACACUUCACGGAGGCCACCUGGGUUUCUUUGAAGGAGAGGUUCUCUUCCCCCAGCCCCUCACCUGGAUGGACAAAGUCAUCGUAGGCUACGCCAAUUCCAUGUGCCAGUGGGAGAAACAGAAACCACCGUGCCAAAGUGUCCACCUGAGUGAGAUCUCCUGCUUAGAAGAGAAAGCUUAAAACUUUCUUUCUCAUUCGUUCUCUCCCCUUUCACAUCCUCCACCCUCUCUAGCACCACUGUCCACACACUGCACCGAGGAGACAUUUAAACUGCUCUCUCUUUUCUGCCUUCUCCUCUGGUGUUACUAACCACAACCAACCCACAAUCCCCUGAUCACAUGCCUUCACCCCCCUCCUCCUUUGUGAUCACCAUCACCUUACAGUGUGAACAGACAAAAAUAACUAACUGCCUUCCCGGUUGUUUCCAAUGCGAAGACUCAGAGCUGGAACAUUUUGUCACGCUACACCUACACAUCCGUGACACUUGGCUAAUGGAAGCAUUGACCAAAUAUGACAUGAGGUUAAGUCGAGCUGCCAUUAAAAGAAAAGUGGGAAUAUGACUUUAGAUAAAAAAAAAGAGCACACAUGAAGCCUCCUGUUACAGUAAGCAAAGACUGUGCAACAGUCGGUGCCUAUUUUACUGCACCUAUAAGAAUCUCACUGCUUAUCACCGCCAAGGCCAUAUAGCCUAGUCUGCUGUCUUUAACAAUGCAGCAUCUUUAUAGUAUGUCUGUAUGUACGUAGCUCACAGAUGAGGUGAGUACGCCUGUGUAUGCCUGUGUCAGCCAUGAGUUCAGGCCCGUGACGGGGCAUGUGGUCUUUGUUUUGGGUUGGUGUGAUACAAAUAUCUGGUGUGUUGACCCUUUUAAUGUAUGUUGUUUUGGGUGAAUCGUUGCUCUGUUUGUAGUAAAUGUAUUGUAGAAAAAAAAUGUAUUACAGUGGGAUUUUAUGCAUUAUUUCCAGCUCAUAUGAUCCUCGUGGCAUUUAUGUUUGGCACUUGAAAGAAAAGUGUUCAAUGCUUACCGAACAUGGCCAGGGAUCAGUCCGUGGAAGGAUCCAUGCACAUUCCCACAGGCGCAUUCUAUUACUUUGAUUCUGUGCACUUUACACUCUGUAUACCACAAUCUUUUUUUUUCUUUCUUGUUAGUAAAAUCGCAGGUAUGAAUAUUAUUAAGGGAUCAAGAUGAUAACUAAAAGUUAAAUGACUCAGAUGUUUCCCAUAUUAUAUCCUGUUGAGUGUCUUUGAGCCCUCUUACUUUCCUCUGCCUUUGAUCAGUUGCAGGUCCAGCUAAGACUUCUCUACCUACUGCACAGAGACAGACCUAACACUCAAUCCACAUUGUUUGGUGCGAACAUCAACCAGCAGACAAUCCCUUGGUUUUAAAAUAUUCCAAGUACACCGUACAGAUUUGCCCAUGUGGUGCUAUAAAAGGGACAAUUCAGCAGUUUGAAGCAGCUGUUUAUUUUAUUAUUUUUUUUUAUCUGAGCUGUGAGGUGUGAUAAGUAGGAGGGCUGAAGAUACCAAAGACAAAGCAAAUGUUUAUUUUAGAGGAUUGUUCAUAAAAUAUUGAUGAUUGUCACAUUAUGUAAUUGGCUGACAAAUGUGUGCACGUAAGAAGAUGAAUUUUAAUUCUAGGGAUUUUUUUUUUGUUUGUUUUGUUUCGGCAACUGUAUUGGACGGUUUUUCCUUUUUCCUCACCAUGCUGAGCAUUUCAGGUGAUGCAGUACUGCAGCUUAAAAACUGCACUGAAAGCUGAUUGCAAACCUGUCCUGAUAAAAUCAUAUUGCAAUGUAGGGACCUGUGGACUAAAAGACUAAUUUAAUUAAGAAUUUUUCACAAACCUUGUCGUAAGAGUUUAGGCUGCUUUUUCCGAGGUAAAUAUCCAGCCAUGAAAUCUGUGGUCUAAUACCUGCUUCUGAACACUGUGAUGAGAAAUGUGGGUGGUUUGAAAUGAUGAGUGAACUGACUGACAACAGUGCCUUUUGUUAGGCUGUUUAGGCCAUGUUUCUAAUACCUCAGUGAUUAGUAUUUGAAUAUAUACUUGAAAUAGUAGGAUUUAUUUUGAGUUUUGGCAUAUCUGCAAAUAAAACAUGCAGCCAGAAUAAAAGAAUCAAUAAAACCAUAAGAAUAAAGAAAUGUCCUUUCCAAACACAUCAACUGAGCACUAGCAUCUGUCAUACAUAAUGGUUAAAAAAUACAUUUCAUAAGCAUAAAAAUUAAUUAUCAGCUGUUGAGGUAGUAGGAUGGGUUUUAGGCUUUUUUUUCCUGAAGUACUGUAAUGAUUUCUACUUCAAUCAGCUGUUUUUCUUUACCUCAAGGACAGUUAUGUGACCAUAAAGUUUAUAAACUUUAAACAAAUGCUAUGAAUUCCAAACAUUAAAAUUUUAUCCUAACUAAUAUAGAAUGUUUCCUCCUAUAACAAGCACCCAUCCAAAAUGUGUGCCCUCAUCAUUUCCGUAUGUUCUCUUUAGUACCUGGACUUCAUAACAGACAUUUUUAUGCACUGUAAGUUAAAACCACGUGAGUACUUGAUAUGGCUGGAACUCAUCCGCCUGCUGUGACUGAACUAUGAGUCUGACACUAGAAACACUUCAAUUUACAGUGACACCACAUUUCACAAGGUUCAGUGUCAUUGUGAAGGAUAUCUAGUUAAGGUCUUUCUUUCUGCCUCUAAUGGCACUGUUGCCAUCUGUUGUCAGGGAUAGUGAACUACAACUGCCAGACAUUUAUGGCAAACAUCCUCUCAUCCACCCACGGUCAUGUGGUUUAUAGUUCAACUUGUCCACAACUCUCAUUUAUAAGAAAUCAGGUAUGGUUUGGGAUUCUUCUGCCUCAUUGAAGAAUCGGAUAAAUUUUGCUGACACCAGCGCUGACCCAGUUUUUUGCAGUAUGAGCCAUUGAGUUUUUUUGCCUCUCCAACUGCACAAAAAUGCAGGUUUGGAUGUAUUAGAUGCUUUUUUUCUAACUAAUUAUUUUGGGUAUUUGUUAGUUUUUGUAUUUUGUAUUGUUAUGACUUGUGUUAUUUGCCUGUGAAAAUGGAGCAGAGUGUGAGUGUUGAGUAGCCAUACAGAAGGCACGUAUUGUGUCAUAUCACCACCUCUGAUCCAUUGAAACCAAAACAAAACAAAAGGCAAAA